UAAUGUAGCAGUUAUAAUUUUGAAAGCUUGAAAACAUGUCAGAACACGAAGAAAUUAAAAGUAACAAUCGUCCGUGGAUUGAUCAGAUUCAAUCAUUCAAUGAAUUAUACCACGAAGAAGAAAACAAAGUAGAAGUGAACCCAGGAAUAAAACUGGGAUGGAUCAAAGGCGUGCUGGUUCCAUGUCUACUCAGUAUCUGGGGUGUGAUGCUUUUCUUGAGGAUGCCGUGGAUUUUAGGACAAGCUGGAAUAUUUCAUUCAAUUAUUAUUAUUCUUAUUGCACUGGUUAUUAUUCUAAUCACCACUUUUUCACUGUCUGCGAUCAGUACAAAUGGAAAAGUAAAAGGAGGGGGUCUUUAUUUCAUUAUUUCCCGAUCAAUUGGUCCGGAAUUUGGAGCGUCAAUUGGUAUCCUAUUAGCAUUUGCCAACACAAUUUCUGCGGCGAUGAACACUAUUGGAUUUUGUAUAUCAUUAAGAUCAUUACUACAACAAAAUGAUAUACACGUUAUAGAUUCAAAUUUAAAUUUCAGAGCAUUAGGAGUAGUCUCUAUAAUAAUAAUGAGUAUACUUUGUUGUAUCGGCAUGGAUAGAGAAGCUGAAGUACAAAAUGCUCUUCUUAUAGCGAUAAUUGUCGGUAUUUUUAAUGUAAUUAUUGGCUCAUAUAAUGGACCAAAAAGUAAUGCGGCAAAAGCAUCAGGCUUCACUGGAUUUAGCAUGAAAACCUUCAAACAAAACUGGUAUCCAGACUAUAGGAUUGAAAAUAAUAUUCAACAAUCUUUUUUUACAAUUUUCUCAGUUUUUUUUCCAUCCGUAACUGGUAUACAAGCUGGAGCAAAUAUAUCGGGGGAUUUAAAAGAUCCUAGUGCUUCAAUACCAAAAGGAACAUUAUUAUCGAUUUUAAUUACUAUAACUUCGUACAUUGUAUUAAUAGUAGUACCUGGAUCGGUCCAAUUAAGAGAAGCGAGUGGUUAUGAAAACGAACUUCAAGAUGAAUUUUAUUUAAAUUGUUCUUUUAGAAAUUGCACUAAAGGAUUAUACAAAGACGACAAUUUAAUGCAGUCAAUUUCGCUGUGGCCAAUUACUAUAUAUUUCGGUUGUUUUGGAGCUACUAUUAGUACUGCUUUAACUGCUUUAAUAUCCGUUCCAAAGUUGUUGCAAAGAAUGGGACAAGAUGAUAUUUAUCCAUAUCUUAAAUAUUUAGCAAAAGGCUAUGGAAAAAGUAAAGAACCUUAUCGUGCACAUAUUUUUGCCAUGGUUGUGUCAUCAGUAUUACUUAUCAUAGGUGAAUUAAAUAAUAUUGCCUCAUUGAUCUCAACUAUUUACUUAUCUGCAUAUGCUAUGUUAAAUUUAUGUACAUUUCAUAUUGCAUAUUUUAAUCCUUUGGGUUGGAGGCCGACAUACAAGUUUUAUAACAAAUGGUUAAGUCUUGCUGCAGCUAUUAUCUGUAUUUUAGUAAUGAUAUUCAUCGAUAAAAAAAUGUCUGCAAUUGUUGGUUGUGCUGUAUGUGUUUUAUAUAGAAUUGCUGCUAGAAAAAAAGAAGUGAUAAAUUGGGGAUCUUCUAAGCAAACACGACACAUAAAAACAUUUAUAAAAGCCGUGUACAAGUCCAAUACUAUUCAAUAUCAUGUUAAAAACUAUUUACCUAAUUUAAUUGUAUUUUCUGGAAACCCUGAGUCGAGAAAAAAAUUAGUUUCUUUAGCUCAUUUGAUUACUAAGAAUUAUGGUAUACAACUGUGUGUCAAUAUUGAAAAGAUGUCACUUACACCAAGACAAAAGAAAAUACGCCUUGACAAAGGAAUUCAAUGGUUAAGAAAUUCUGGAAUCAAAUCCUUAUAUGUUGUCAUUGAUAACAUUGGAUUGGAUUUAGCAACUCAUAUGGUAUAUAGCUGUGGACAUGGACAGUUUAAACCAAAUAUAGUAAUGGUUGGAUACAAAUCUGAUUGGCUAAAUUGCCCGUAUCAAGAUCUUCAAACUUAUUUAAAUAUUUUCAAUGUGGCAAAUAUAAAUGGAAUGUCAACAAUCAUGGUUCGUAUAUCAUCAACUGAAAGUUUUGAAGAUCAAAAUUUAUUAGUCCAAGAUUUUAAGCACUUAAGUAAAAAGGAAGAAAUUCUGUACAAAACGCAAUCAGUUCAAAAUACGAGUAUUCGAAAUCAACAAAAGGUGGCAGAUUGCUUUGUGAAAAUAAAGAUCAAGGAAUUUUCAUUUGAAAAGAAGAAACCAAAUCAUGGGACAGUCGAUGUGUGGUGGUUGUACAGUGAUGGAGGUUUAUCGUUGAUCAUUUCAUAUAUAUUAAAACAUAGCAUUACGUGGAAAAAUUGUAAAUUUCGAAUAUUUGGUGUAACUAACAAAGUUGAAUGUUUGUCUGAAGAAAAAAACAAAUUAAAACAAUUGCUAUCAUUGUAUCGUAUUGAUUUCGACUACUUGGAUAUAAUUUUAUCAAACACCACUGAUCCUACCACAAUGACAUAUUUUAAUUCUUUAUUUGAACGCGCAUCUUCCAAAGAGAAUCAAUUUGAUGAGUACAAUUUACAAAAAGAGUAUAUUUCCGAAACAUUAUUUUUAAGAGAUUUAAUUGAACUGCAUUCGUUUAAUUCUGAUCUUAUCAUCUUAACUACUCCAAAAAAUAAUGAGGAAAUCAAUAUAUUAUUCAUGUGUUGGAUAGAAACGAUUUCUAGAGGGUUACCACCGUGUAUUAUCAUCAAUGGAAGCACAGAAUCAGUUAUUACCGUCAAUGCUUAAGCCAUAAAUAUAUAUAAUGCACACAUUUUA